AUGGACAGAGUCACCCGGCACCUGGUCUUCCAACUCCCCCAGACCUCGCACAAGCACGACUAUAACGAUGCUCACCAAGCUGGCUGGUUUGCAGAGCAGAGGAUCGACAGCGAUGACGACAUGUUUGGCUCCACUCAACACAGCAGCCAGAGGGUGGAAAACGGCUAUGGCUGGAAAAGGAGGGCAAAGUCAGUCUCGUGUUUCCUGGAUGGUGAAAAAGAUGUCUGGACUCCGUCCCCAGACAGGGAGUCCAAACUGGAGGUGGUGAGGUCAGAAAGCCUGUACGAUCUCAGGGCUUACAAAGGUGAGAGGAAGCCCUCGAAGCUUUACGAUGAGGAUGAGCAGUAAUGGUACAGGGUCCCUCCACCGAACAUCUCACCCGAGAAAGCCAGGGAGCUCGAGGACGAGAGGAGGGAGAUCAUUCGGAGCCAGGUGGUGAGGAAGAGCUCCACCGUGGCCGAGAGGUGGAGCUCCAUGGAUGAGCUGAGCUCUAUAAGUGCCGGCACAGGCGGCCAGGGUGAAGGCAAGCACGUGGGCAGCUUCACCACCAGCUUCGCCAUUUGCUUUGACAAGCCUUCCUCGGGGAGGGCACCGACGUCUGUUGACCCUGAAAAUAUCGACACGGAGCAGAUUGACUUCUCCACUGCCCGGCAGCAGUUCCUGAUGCUGGAAAAGACUAACCCAGGCUCUUUCUUCAGCCCAGGGCAACAGGCCAUGUCUCCAAAUCCAGAGUCAAUGACAAAGAUCUCUAGGCAAGAGUGGUCCAGUCCUGAGAUGGCCGUGAAGGCUGCAAGAGAUUAUGGUAAUGCCGGUGCAUCCGGCCAGAGCAGGAUGGACAAGACCGUUUAUCAGGUUUCCAGUGUGUCCUACAAGACACCGGUGAAGGAGGAGGUUUAUGCUCCCAGAAGGGCUGAUAUUGAAAGGUCACACCCCACUGGGAAAACAUUCAGCUUGACUAAAGCAUCUUCCAGAGAGGACUUGGACUCCGGCUCAGGUGAGAUGUAUAACAAAGCCACAAACACCAGCAACGGAAGCGCAUCCAAUGAGAUCUUCAAUGGCCUUGGGGAUCCGAGGGCCAGCAGCCUGGACAAGGAUAUGAAGAUCAGCAAUGAGACGCCCAUUGAGCGGGAGAUCCGCAUGGCGAUGGAGAGGGAGGAGAACCUCUAUAAGGAGAGGGGGAUCCAGCGCCUGACCUCCAGCAGCGAGCUGGUAGAGAUCCAGACCAAGCCUCUCCUCUCCAUACAUACCUCUCCAGGCCCAGGCAGGAAAGGGAAGGACAAAGGCCGUGCUUCCCUUUACGUCCAGAGGGAAAUCGAGCAGGAAACCAAGCGCGAGGAAGAUCUGAAGAGGCAAGGGAGGCUGCUGGGGACGUACGACAGGGGGACGCAGCAGGAGUUGGAUGAACGCAGGAGGGUGUUCGAGCAGGAGGAAGCCCCCCCGCAGAAGCCCACCCCCACGAGGAAGGCAGACGAGCGGAGGAGCUGGAUUAAUGAGUUUGCAGUGGAGCAGCCCACGAGCCGCAGCCCCCACCCUGCAGAAGACACCAGGGGUGGGAGAACCCUUCCCAGCUACGCAGUGAACAUCACGCACUUGCAGGCGUCCCAGCCGCGCUUUGCCGCCAGCGAGAAGAGCCGGGACCAGCCUCUGGCGAGAAGACCCGGGCAGCCUCUGGUGUCCCAGCACGUUUCCGCCAGCGCCAGCAAAUGGAAGAGUGAGGAUUCCUGGGGAGGAAGGCUUCCCAGCUCCACCCUGAGCCCCGCCGGCACGGCUGUCCUGCCCAGAGAGUAUUUCUCCUUCUCCUUCUGGAAGCCCAAGAUCUCCUUCGUGGACAACAUGGGGACACAGAACCCGCUAAGGAGGGAGGACAGCCGGGAGGAGCAGUACAAGGUGAGGACCUGGAAGCCCCAGACGUCGUCGCUGAUCGAGGAGGAGAUCCGGAGCGACUUGCAGAGGGAAGAGGAACUGCAGGAGCAGCGGCGGCGGGCGGCGGAGAUGGGACGGCAUGGGAACCCCUUGCAGACGGUGUCUGCAGUCUGCGUGAGAUACCUCUCGCGGAUGGCAGCCAGGGCUGCCUCAGGUGUCAGCGGCAGCUACUCGGUGUCUGCGUCUCCCGUCUCCACUCCUGCCUCGCACCAGGCAGGGGUCAUGGGGCUGGUGUCGUCCUUCCCCCCGCUGAGACUGGCCGGUCCGUCCCAGGGCAGCACGGAGACCCUCACCUCUGACUCGGCUCGUUCCAGCCCCUUCGAGGAGCGGAGGAGGAGGGUGAAGGAGGAUGGAAAGUACGCAGGCAUUGAACCUGUGGACAAGAUCAACACGGAGGUUGUGGAAAGCACCAGAGUGAUUCGGCACAAGAGUGCCAUGGCCCAGCGCUGGGAGGCAGGGCAGUACGUCAGGGACGAUGACUGA